AUGGGAAGUUCAUCCAAUAAUGUCCAACAAAAAGCUACUACUAGCGUAUUAGAAAAUGAAGUCAACAGCUCAAAAUCAUCUGUUGUUUCAUCAACAUCUUCUGCAAAAGGGUUGCUACGUGAAACUACUAAUCAUGGUACUAUCGAAACAUCCUCGGUUCAGAUAUCUGAAUCAGAAGCUCGUCCAUCAAAAAUGGUACUUGCAUUAACACUUGCAUCAUCAAUUUCUGGAUUUAUGUUUGGGUAUGAUACUGGUUAUAUAUCUUCAGCAUUAGUUCAAAUUGGUACAGAUUUAUCAAACAAAAUUCUAACAUCAGGUGAAAAGGAAUUUAUAACUUCUGCUACAUCCUUAGGAGCUCUUCUUGGUGCUAUUAUUGGUGGUAUAUCAGCAAAUUUGAUUGGAAGACGUAGAGUAUUAUUGGGUUCAAAUAUCAUUUUUGUUGUCGGUACAAUAAUACAAUUGGCUGCCCAUACUGUCUGGACUAUGAUUGCGGGAAGAUUUGUUUUAGGUUGGGGAGUUGGUAUUGCAUCGUUGAUUGCUCCUUUGAUGAUUUCAGAAUUGGCUCCUGCUCAGUAUCGUGGUAGAUUAAUUGUUACUAAUGUCAUUUUUAUUACUGGUGGUCAAUUAGUGGCCUAUUUCAUAAAUUGGGGUCUUACAAGAGUGGACCAUGGUUGGAGAGUAUCUGUUGGUUUAUGUAUGGUACCUCCAGUUCUACAAUUUAUUUUAUUUUGGUUUUUACCAGAUACACCAAGAUUCUACGUGAUGAAUGGGAACUUUGAAAAGGCAAGACAAGUUUUAAGAAAAGUACACGUUGACCCUUCAGAGGCCUUUGUUAGUGCCACUAUUGACGAAAUGAUUGCCUCCGAUUCAACUGUCCCAGGUAAUGGACCUUUACAAAAGGCAUGGAAAUCUAUCAAGAUUAUUCAUACCACUCCAGGAAAUUUCAGAGCUUUGAUACUUGCAUGUGGUUUACAAGGUAUACAACAAUUCACUGGGUUUAACUCGUUAAUGUAUUUUAGUGCAACCAUCUUUGAAACCAUUGGUUUCCAUAAUGCCACAGCAGUUUCUAUUAUCAUUGCUGCCACGAAUUUUGUGUUUACAGGAAUUGCCAUUUGCAUUAUUGAUAAAGUUGGUAGAAGAAGAAUUUUGUUGGUAGGAAUGCCAUGCAUGUGCAUCUCAUUAAUUGUCUGUGCUGUUGCCUUCCAUUAUUUAAAUGUCGAUUUCAGCACUGGUACAGUUGUAUCUAGAGGGAUCAAUGGUUGGGGAAUUGUUGUGAUAAUAGGAAUGAUAUUGUAUGUUGCUUCUUAUGCUAUAGGUAUUGGUAAUGCUGCAUGGGUUGGUGUUGAAUUGUUUUCAGAUGUCAAUGUACGUUCCAUCGGUGCAAUGUAUGCUGCAUGUACAAAUUGGGCCGGUUCCUUGGUGAUCGCUUCGACAUUUUUAACAAUGUUGGAGAAUAUAACUCCAACAGGGACAUUUUCAUUUUUUGCUGGGUUAUGUUUUAUUGCCUUCUUCUUUGUUUAUUUCUUGUUGCCAGAUACUGCUGGUUUGGAAUUGGAAGAAACCACAGAUUUCUUAUCCAAUGGUUUCAAUGUAAAACAAGCUGCUAAAUUGUCAAAGGAAAGAAAGAAACGCUCUAAGUUUGCUAAAUCAAAACCAACUGUAUAA